CACAUUAGACAUAGAGGACACUGCGUGAACAGCCUCGCUUACUUCGCUUAUGGAGGACUUAUAAACGAAGAAUGGGUUUUUAACAUUUCUUUUCGCUGUUUACGUGACUAGCCAGGGCUUACACAAGGCUAACGAGCUGCAGCUCGAGCUGAAAGAGAGUUUAACGUUACUUUAAGCGACAGCUAACGGCAGCUAAGAGAGCUGAAGGCUGUCACCAUGCACUAGUUGUUAAUGGACCAGCUGUGUACGGUGCCGCUAUUAGAAUGGGACAGAGCACCUCGGGAUCAGAGUCCCCAGAACCACCAGAGCAGGACGGAUUUAGAAACCUAAAGACAUUAGUGGAGGACCAUCUUCAGACCAGCAUGAUGGUGGGAAUAGUGCUCGGUGCUGGCAUUGCCAUAGUCCUCAUUGCCAUCCUCAUCUUCUUUGUCCUGCGGAGAAUCCAGCUCCGGAACCUUGCAGCUCAAGAAGCCCCAAAGUACCGUUUCCGUAAAAGAGACAAAGUUUUAUUCUAUGGCAGGAAGAUCAUGAGGAAAGUGUCUCAGUCUACAUCAUCUUUAGUUGGAACAUCCUCCUCCUCCUCCCGGCCAAGACUAAAGAAGAAGCAGAAGAUGCUUAACAUUGCCAAAAAAAUCUUGCGCUUUAAGAAAGAAGUGCCCACUCUCCAAAUGAAGGAGCCCCCUCCUUCUGUAUUGGAGGCUGACCUUACAGAAUUUGAUGUGGCCAACUCACAUCUGCCUUCAGAGGUGCUCUACAUGCUCAAAAACGUGCGUGUUUUAGGCCACUUUGAGAAGCCUUUAUUUCUGGAGCUCUGUAAGCACAUGGUGUUCCUGCAGUUCCAGCAGGGCGAGUAUGUCUUUAGACCCGGACAGCCUGACAGCAGCAUUUACGUGGUGCAGGACGGCAAACUGGAGCUGUGUCUUACCGGACAGGAUGGCAAGGAUGGAGUGGUGAAAGAAGUGUACCCAGGAGACUCUGUCCAUAGUCUGUUGAGUAUUCUUGAUGUUAUCACAGGUCACCAGAGGCCGUAUCGGACGGUGUCUGCCAGAGCUGCAGAAGUGUCUACUGUUCUCCGUUUGCCUGUCGAGGCUUUUCUAUCCAUUUUUGAGAAAUAUCCAGAGAGCUUAGUGCGUGUGGUACAGAUUAUCAUGGUGAGGCUGCAGAGGGUGACAAUUCUGGCCUUGCACAACUACCUAGGCUUGACUAAUGAGCUCUUCAGCCAUGAGAUGCAGCCGUUGCGUUUGCCCCCCCUCUCUCCUCACACCACCCGCACCAGCCCUGUAAGGCACAGCAAAAGAUUCAGCAGCCUCACCGUUCCAGAUGAACAGCGAGAGGCUGCUGUACGAGACGCCAAUGCAGGGGAUCAUGGGAAGGAAGGAAGCAGCACCAUUCCGACCCUCAGCAGGGCUAUCUCGAUGCCUGUGGACAUCGCUGGCAUGCAAAAGAGCCUGCGUUCAGAUUUUGACAUGGCGUAUGAGAGGGGUCGGAUAUCUGUGUCUGCUGAGGAUGGAACACCAACACCACCCACGUUUACACGGUCUCAGGACCAGCGAGAGAGGAAAGUAACAGUAGAUGACGUGCCAUCAGGUGUGUAUCUGUACCCAGAGGAAGAGUCGGGCCACGAGAAUGUUUACGGGCCAUUACCAGGACGACCCAAUGCCUCCCUGUUUGAAGAAGCUCAGAAAGAGAUCCUUAAACUCAUGAGAAUUGAGGACCCUGCUCUGCUGAAUGGGCGAGUGACCUUGCACCAUGCCAAAGCUGGAGCCGUCCUGGCCAGACAAGGAGACCAGGACGUGAGUCUGCAUUUUGUGCUGUCGGGCUGCCUGCACGUGUAUCAGCGCAUGAUCGACAAGCAGGAGGAUGUGUGUCUGUUUGUGACGCAGCCAGGUGAGAUGGUAGGCCAGCUGGCAGUGCUGACCGGUGAGCCCCUUAUCUUCACCAUCCGGGCCGUCCGAGACUGCACUUUCCUCAAAAUCUCCAAAUCUGACUUCUAUGAGAUAAUGCGGGAGCAGCCCAGUGUGGUACUAAGUGCAGCUCACACUGUGGCCAUUCGCAUGUCUGCAUUCGUGAGGCAGAUGGACUUUGCUAUAGAUUGGAUGGCUGUGGAAGCUGGGCGUGCUCUCUAUAGGCAGGAUGAUCAGUCUGAUUGCACCUACAUUGUACUGAAUGGCCGUCUGCGUUCUGUCAUCCGUAAGGCCAAUGGAAAGAAGGAGCUGGUUGGGGAGUACGGACGGGGAGAUCUAAUUGGGGUGGUGGAGGCGUUGACUAGGCAGCCCCGGGCAACUACAGUGCAUGCAGUCCGAGACACAGAACUGGUCAAGCUCCCAGAGGGAACACUAAACAACAUUAAGAGACGCUAUCCUCAGGUUGUUACUCGGCUGAUCCAUUUGUUGGGCCAGAAGAUUCUAGGAAACCUUCAGCAGAACCGUGGACAUUUCUCAAGUUCAGCUCUGGGUUUGCCUACUGUGGCAUCCAGUCCUGAUGUCACCAACCCAGCCAGCAACCUCUCUACUGUAGCUGUACUGCCUGUCUGUGAUGAAGUGCCAAUCAAUGCCUUUAACUUGGAACUUAGCCAUGCCCUCAGCGCCAUAGGUCCUACUCUGCUGUUAACGAGUGACAUCAUCAGAGAGAGACUUGGAGCUUCUGCCUUAGACAGCAUUCAUGAGUACAGGUUAUCUGGCUGGUUAGCGCAGCAGGAGGACAUCAAUCGAAUAGUUCUGUAUCAAACAGAUAACAGUAUGACUCCCUGGACACAGCGCUGCAUCAGACAAGCAGAUUGCAUUCUCAUCGUUGGCCUGGGAGACCAGGAGCCCACUCUUGGUCAGUUGGAGCAGAUGUUGGAGAACACAGCAGUGCGGGCACUGAAGCAGCUGGUUCUGCUGCACCGUGAAGAUGGGCCAGGCCCCUCCAGAACUGUGGAGUGGUUGAACAUGCGUAGCUGGUGCUCUGGUCACCUCCACCUCAGAUGCCCCCGCAGAGUCUUCUCACGCCGCAGCCCCACUAGACUGAGGGAGGUGUAUGAGAAAGUCUUUGAGAAGACUGCAGAUAGACAUAGUGAUUUCUCCCGUCUGGCCCGAGUCCUCACCGGAAACAGCAUUGCUCUUGUACUAGGAGGAGGAGGAGCGAGGGGCUGCUCGCAUGUCGGUGUGAUCAAAGCCAUGGAGGAAGCAGGGAUUCCCAUCGACUUAGUGGGCGGAACGUCUAUCGGCUCCUUCAUUGGUGCACUAUAUGCAGAGGAGAGAAGUGCUGUUCGGGUGAAGCAGCGAGCAAGAGAGUGGUCGAAGGCAAUGAAUUCAGUGUUCAAAACAGUCCUGGAUCUGACUUAUCCCAUUACGUCCAUGUUCUCUGGUUCCGCAUUCAAUACCAGCAUUUCCAACGUAUUUGAGGAUAAGCAAAUAGAGGACCUGUGGCUGCCUUAUUUCAAUGUGACCACUGACAUCACAGCAUCUGCAAUGCGGGUACACAAAGACGGCUGUGUGUGGUGUUAUGUUAGAGCCAGUGCCUCCUACACCCCUUAUUUACCUCCUCUCUGCGACCCCAAGGAUGGCCACCUCCUCGUGGAUGGUUGCUAUGUAAACAAUGUCCCAGGCUCUCUGUGGCGCUAUGUGCGGGCGAGCAUGACCCUAUCCGGGUACCUGCCGCCCCUCUGCGACCCCAAAGAUGGCAACCUGCUCAUGGACGGCGGAUACAUCAACAACCUACCAGCGGACAUUGCCCGGAACAUAGGUGCCAAAACAGUCAUCGCCAUUGACGUGGGCAGCCAGGACGAGACCGAUCUCUGUAACUACGGCGACAGCCUGUCCGGCUGGUGGUUGCUAUGGAAACGGAUCAAUCCGUGGGCAGAGAAAGUGAAGGUUCCUGACAUGGCUGAGAUUCAGUCCCGGCUGGCCUAUGUGUCCUGUGUACGGCAGCUGGAGGUGGUCAAAAAGAGCGCCUACUGUGAGUACAUCCGACCACCCAUCGACCGUUUCAAGACCAUGGACUUUGGCAAGUUCGAUGAGAUCUAUGAUGUGGGCUACCAGCAUGGGAAACUGCUGUUCACAAGUUGGGCCCGUGGUGACAUCAUCCAGAACGUGCUGAAAGACCACCGCUCAGCUGACUAUACUGACAGCAAGAAAACUGAUAGCUGCACGUGUCCUGGGGCAGACUUCACUGACCUGGCUGAGAUCGUGUCCAGGAUUGAGCCGGUGCAGAGCUACGUGGGGGCUGAUGCGGAGGAAUCGGACGGUCUGACAGAGUAUGAGGAGGAUGGGAUGGACACGGUGAGGGAGGAGGAAGGCGAAGAGGAGGAGGAUGAAGCUGAUGACCCUGAAGACCACUCACCUGGAGAGUGGGGAGCAAAUGGCGUCUUUCAGGCGGACGAGGAGAAAUUCCCCCGUCAGAGGAGGAUGAACCCCAGCGACUCGAACACGUGCUCCGAGCUGUCUGACUGCUGACAAGAAGUGAUGCGGUAUCCAAACAUCCAGAAGGCAUGUGAAAGGGAAGUAGCUCCCUCACGUACAGUUCUGGAGUGGAAUGAGUGAGAGGAGCAGUCAAGGCAGACCAAGAGUAUGGAGAUGAAGACAUGGUGGAGAGAGAGAGAGAAAGAGAGAGUGGUCAACCAAAGAUAACUGUGCUACACAGCAUACAGCAACACCACUAAAAGCAACCCAAACAAAAACUGUGACACAUGCUCUUCUCUUGCUUUGAGGGGAAAACAAGAUGUUCCUCUCUAGUGCUUCAUGACAGUGAGUGUCAUGGGAUUUGAGGCCCAUGCUAAGAAGUAUCUUUACCUGAAUUUUUUUUUCUUUUUUCCUCUGGAAGAAAGUAGGGAAAUUUCACAGGGCCCAGUUUUCCAGUAACGGCCAGUACAGAACAAACUGUGUAUGUAAUGUCUUUGUUUCACCUGAUAUGGCAACAAUCUACCAUUACCUUUGGAACUGUACGUGUCUGGAUGUGUGCGUAUGUGUGCAUGUGUGUUUCUUCCAGAGAUAGAAGAACUUUCUCGGAUAAGAAUACGUUUACAGAAUAUUCUUCUGGAAUCAACUACACUGUAAGUAGUCUGGAGCAGCUCUGAGGUGUGCUGGAAUAGAUCUGAUAGAAAACAGAUUCACCUCCAUAGAAUAGUAUUGCCUUAGUAGCUUUUGCCCAUAUUUCAGGUCAUGUUUAGCUUUGAAUGGGAUGGGUCAUCAUCUCAAUAUCAUUAGCUGCUUCGUCAGUCCAGUUACACUAUGCUAAAAGAAUGUCUUACAGACCUGACAUAGCUCGUUUUGAUUAAACUGUUUUCUUCUCUUAAAAUGACACCAAAAUGUAACAUAAGCCAUAAACAAUAAACACAAAACAUCAUAUUUUCCAGAAAGAAACUUUAGCAUGUAUUUACUUUUACACUUUUAAGCUUCCGGAACACUCUAAUACUCCCUGUAAAUGACAAUGCAGGUAACUAAUUCUAGAUUAUCGAAGUUAUCCAUCAACACUGCUACAAGUCAGUGUUGUGUUACGUCAAUACAGUGUCACCCAACACUAGUAGAAAUACACUGUUGUAUGGAAGGAAAAUCUGACAAUAGCAUAAUAGUGAAAUUAUUAGCCUUACUCAUUACCCGUCCCAUCCAAAGAUAAUCUCAAAUAGAUUGUAGCUGCCUCUGGUCUGUAGGCUUUCCAUAUCCUACAAUAUGAUCUUUUCAGUACAUUUUCCUGCAACUAGAAAGGAUAAACAGUAUGUAGAUAGAUUUUAAUAAUGAAAUGGAAAGUAAUAUUGGACAGGAAAUUACUAUGGGGACUUAGAAAUGUAGGGAUGGAGUGAAGUUUAAGGAGUAAGUAAUGUAGGGCACAGUCUAAAACCCUAAAAGUGCACUAAGAGAAAUCUGCUGUACAAACUUUUAACACUUCAUCAAAUCAGGUUAUGCAAUUUACAAGUAAUGCUUCAAAACAUCACUUAGUGUACUUUUUAAUGAAAAGGAUGGAAGAACAGUGAUUUAAAUGUAAAGUGCAAGAGGUGAAGAGAAAUGUAAGGAAUGAGGCAGUUGUGCCAAAAUGUUUGAAGGCUUAGUGAAAGAAGCUACACUCCAAAAUGUUCAUGUUGCUAAUAAGGAAUGAACUGUAUUAUGCAAAUGAGAGUUCUAACUGAAAGUCUUCAUUCGUUGUUGUCCUCAUAAGCAUUUUGAGUGAAAUGUGUGCGAAAUGUCUGAAACGGAGUGAAGUGGGGAAAGUCUGUGUUGAGUCUGCCUUCAGCUGCUGGCCUGUCAAAGGAGGAUGCCUUUCUUUUGGUUUUGCACAUAUUCACACAGCAAAAAUGGCCAUAUAGAAGGACAUGUAUGCCCCGUCACGUCCUUCAGCUCACAGUGCUAUAGCUCAUAAAGGAGCCCCUUAAUCCUCUGGUCCUGCUUCAACAUUAAAGUCCUACCUUAGCUUUUUGGCCUUCUCCUCCAGUGGAAACCUUUUACUGAGCAUUCACGCACCUUCAUGUUAACCACACUGCUUUUUCUUUCUGAUUUCAUUAUUCCUUCUGAAUUGUUCAUUUAUACCUAAAGGGUUGCCAAUUAUUUUGUAUUUAUUUGUUUGUUUUACCACUGACUUUUUAAAAAUGCAUUUUAACCUUUGAAACAAGACCAGAAUGGUCUACACAAUGGAAAAAGAACACAGUGAUGGACUAUACAGGUUUCUCAUUUAGGUUGCUUUAGCAUUUUGCACUGAGUAAGAGAGAAAAUAAUUUGUUGAUCUUAACUUAUGUUUUUGCAGUACUAUAUCAAAGGCAAACAAUGCUGUAAUGGAUGAUUUCUGUACUGUAAAGGUAACAAUUGCAAAUAAUAAAUCUUAAUUAAUUAAUUCCAAA